AUGUUUCCACCAUUCCGUUCGGCAGAAGCUCUUUUGAAAUUUCUAGGAAAAAGUGCGAUUGAUGCGCUAGGCAAGCAGGAUCCACAACAGGUAACACCAGAUGAAUGGAGAAAGAUUUUAAGUCCUUUGGAAUAUAGUGUUGCUCGAGAGGGUGGUACCGAAAGACCAUUCUCAGGAAAAUUUAAUAAACAUUUCGAAUCCGGGUUAUAUAUCUGUCGCUGUUGUGGAGCACAACUUUUCAAUUCGGACGCUAAAUUCAAAUCGACAUGCGGCUGGCCAUCUUUCUCAAAAUCUGUGGAUAAUGAUUUGAAUAUAGUGAGGUUAAAGGACACCUCCAUGGAGAUGGAGCGCAUUGAAGUGCGGUGUAAACAGUGUGAUGCUCAUUUGGGCCAUGUUUUCAAUGAUGGACCGAAGGAAACUGGUGAACGUUAUUGCAUAAACAGUUGCUGUAUUGAUUUUGAGAAGUAG